UGGACUGGGGGCACUGGGUGUGGGGGUGUCCACGGGGGUCCCCCCCAAUCCGCGCCCCCCUAUGGGCUCAGCGUCGCCCGCGGUCGCCCCUCCUCAGGGCUGAGCUCUGCCCAACUCGUCACACCUCGGGCGCCACACGGGGGGUCGGCUCCACGGGGAUCCCCCGGAUGCCCCUUCCGUCCCGUGGCUGCGCCGUUGCCGCCGUUCGGUUCCUGGCGAUGGUGGCGCUGGCGGCGCCGGCCGAGCAUCCGCGGUGCCGCCUCGACGCCGGGAGCCGGACGGCGCUGUGCAAGGGGCAGGACCUGGAGGGGGUCCCCCGCGGGCUCCCCACCAACCUCCUCACCCUCGACCUCUCCUACAACAAACUCCGGGAGAUCACGGCGGCGGAUUUCGCCGGGAUGACGCAGCUCCGGCGUUUGGAUCUGAGCUACAACAACAUCUCCCGCCUCGCUCCCGACGCUUUCCUCUCCAACCCCUUCUUGGAGCGGCUCCAGCUCUUCAACAACUCCCUCCGGCAGAUCCCGGCGCCGGCGUUGAGCCCUUUGGUCAACCUCCGUUGGUUGGACGUCUCCAACAACCUCUACGGCGGCGCCGCCUUGGACGGCGUCUUCGGGCGGCUGCGGGCGCUGCGGGAGCUGUCGCUGGGGGGACCGCUGCUGCGUCGCAUCUCCCGGGAGGAUUUGGCCGUCUUGAAGGCCACGGCGUUGCGGAGGUUCGCCAUCAAGGCGGCCUCCAGCCGGUUGCGUUACGAAGCCGGGGCUUUCUCCUGGCUCAACACCACGGAGCUGUGGUGCGAUGUGGCCUUGGACGAGAGCGCGGCGACGCUGCCGGUGAUGCUGCGGGACCUGCGGGGCAAAGCCCUGGAGUACCUACGCUUCCGGAACCUCUUUGAGUUCACCUACUACACCGGCGACGCCGAUCCCUUCGCCGGCUUGGCCGAGCUGAGGAUCACCACCUUGGUCUUCUACCGGGGUAAGUUCAACGAGAACCUUCUGCGCUUGGCGUUACUCAACGUCCAACACUCCCGUAUCCGCGAUUUGGCGCUGGUGGCCAUCGACUUCGCCCGCUCGCCGCGGCAGAACGUCACCGGCGGGUGGACGGCUGCGCCGCGGCUCGACCGCCUCUCGCUGCGGGACAUCAGCAACCCCGACAUCCUGCGCUUCGACUGGACCUUCACCUGGUUGAGCGGCGUUGCCUCCCUUUCCAUCACCAACGUCAACUUCAACUUCAUCCCCUGCGACGCGUGGGCUGAACUGCGCAACGUGGAGUUCUUGGACAUCUCCGGCAACCGUUUGAAAGACGGUUAUAUCUACAACCGCCAUUGCCGCUACCAAGGUGUCAUGCCCAAGCUGGAGAGCUUCAUCUUGGCCACCAACCAGCUCCUCAGCCUGGCCGUGGUGGCCUCCUUGACGAGGACGUGGCCCCGGCUCGUCCAUCUCGAUGCCAGCUACAACAGCUUGGGCGGCGUGCAGGAGACGUGCCAAUGGAGUCCCACCUUGCGCCGGCUGUCCUUGCACCACAACCAGGUGACGGUGAGCACCUUUGGGUGCCUGCCCACCACCCUGGAGUUCCUGGACCUCUCCUACUCGCAGCUCGACCGCUUGGACAUGGAUUAUUUCAGCCGAAGUCACCGCCUACGGGAGCUGCGGUUGAGCGGCAACAAGAUCAAAUUCAUCCCAUCCGAGUGGAGAUGCCCCCGCUUGGAGGUGUUGGCCAUCGACGGCAACUCCUUCGGCGUCAUCGGCCGCGGCUCCUUCGUCAACAUGCCGCGGCUCGUUAGCCUGGUGGCCGGCGGCAACCCGUACCACUGCACCUGCGACAUCUUCCUCUUCUUGGAGGAGACCCAACGACGGGGAAGACCCACCUUGGCCGAUUGGCCGCACAACUGGACCUGCUUCCACCCUGAGCCGCUGCUGGAUACAGCCGUGGCCGCCUACGCCCCGCGGCCCUUGGAAUGCAACGUCCCCGCCUUGGUGGGCGUAGCGGUGGCCGCCACGGCGGUGGCGGUGGCCGCGUGCGCGGCGCUCUGCUGGAAGCUGGACGCCGGUUGGUACCUCCGAGCCACGUACCGCUUGGUGAGGGCCAAGUACAGAGGGCGUCGAGCGGCCACCGCGCGGCCGUGUUCCUAUCACGCCUUCAUCUCCUACAGCUGCGCCGACGCCGCUUGGGUGCGCCGGGAGCUUCUGGAUGGCUUGGAGAGCACCGCGCCGCCGUACCGGCUCUGCAUCCACGAGAGGGACUUCACGCCGGGCCGUUGGAUCAUCGAGAACAUCGUGGAGAACAUCGAGAGGAGCGCUAAGGUCAUCUUCGUCCUCUCCCGGAGCUUCGUCGACAGCGAGUGGUGCAACUAUGAGCUCUACUUCGCCCACCAACGUUCCGUGGGUCUCGGCUCCGAGGAUGUCAUCUUGGUGGUCAAAGAACCCAUCGACGCUCGGGGGUUGCCCCGGCGUUUCGCUCGGCUCCGGAAGAUGUUGGGGACCAAAACCUACCUGGAAUGGCCUCAAGAACCUGGGAGACGCCCCUUCUUCUGGCUCCAGCUCCGCAGCCUCUUGGGCAGCCCCGGCGAGCUUGAUCCCACCACCGGCGAGGAGGAGACGGCGGUGGAUGCCACCACGGAGCGGUGACGUCUCGCUUGAGGUCCUUCAGGUGGUCUUGGGGUGCCGCCGGGUGUCCCGCCUGCCUCAGUUUCCCCCCACCGAGGGCGGCUCUUGGGUGGGAUGGAAGGGUCUUCUUUGAGGUCAUCCCAUCUUCUCCGCCUCUUCCAAGGGAUGGGGAUGGUGGGGAUGGUGCCCAGGAGGUGGCAGUGUCACCCGGAGGAUGUGGCAACCUGGAGCUGGAGGAGCUCAGGACCCGCCCCGGAGGACCCCAAAACCUGAAGUUUGAACCCCAAAAAAGCUUGAAGUCAACCCCAAGUUGAGGUUCUGGGGUUGAAGAACUGAGGGUUCCCAAACUCUUCCUUGGGGUCCAAUCCUGCUCCGGAGGGGGGGAUCGAUCCUGCAGUGAGGGCUCUGGUUCUGCUCUGCGGGAUCAAUCCUGCUCCAUGGGGUCCAAUCCUCCUCCAUGGGGACCAAUCCUGUUCCAAGGAGGGGAUCAAUCCUUCUCCAUGGGGAUCAGUUCUCAUCCAAGGGGUCCAAUCCUGCUCCAUGGGGUCCAAUUCUGAUCCAUGAGGUCCAAUCCUAAUCCGUGGGGAUCAAUCCUCUUCCAAUGGGCGGAUCAAUCCUGCUCCAGAGGGGGAUCAAUCCUACUCCAUGGGGUCCCGUCCUGAUCCAUGGGGAUCA